AUGUCGUCACUCUACACAUUUUCACCAGAUACAAAGCAGAAAAUCCGCAAAUUUCGACUUUCAGGCUCUAGGGCUAAGAAAAUAUCUGCUGAAAUAUAUAAAAUCGACCCAACCAGUUAUGAACUCCAAUAUGAGGACCCUGACGAUAUAAUUGACUCGCUAGAAACUCUUGCAGAUGAACUACCAGACAACAGUCCACGUUUCGUUUUGAUGAACUACCCAUACAAGUCUUCAGACGGUCGUUUAGUGUCUCCACUAGUUUUUCUCUAUUAUAUGCCACCAACGGCCAGACAGGAGCUCAAAAUGCUUUAUGCAGGUUGCGUUGAACAAAUGAAGGAUGAGGUGGCACCAAAUGAGUUCAUAGAAGUGGCGGAUGAAGAUGAUUUUGAUGACUUGGAUGACCAAAUACGGACAAAAUGA